AUGCGAGGUGCACUGUGUUGCUCGUUGCUGUUGUUUCUCCUAGGGAAGUGGAGCCAGGGGCAGAAGACAGAGCCCCACGUUGACCUUGGGGGCCAGGACCUGUUCCGGGGACUUGAUCAGUAUGACUUUGCCAUUGUGCUGCCUGCCUCUAGGAGGGACUGCCUCUGGCACUUUGCACACCAAAGUGGGCGCUUCUACUUGACCUACAUGGUCCAGUGGGUGACAGGCAUGACCAAUGACAGGCAGCUGACAGUCACUGUCAGCUCUCCACGUGGGCUCCUAAUGGCUGUUGAAGAGGACACUAAGGGUCACAUCAACUUUGAGACAGAGGAGACAGGUUUUUACCAGAUGUGUUUGAGCAACUUCCACAACCGUUUUGGCGGCAUGCAAGUCUUUCUUAACUUUGGAGUGUACUAUGAGGGCUUUGAGGAGGUCCAGAAAAAUAAAGAGGAGAGGAAAUACUUGAACGAUACUCUGUCCACCAUUGAGGGCAGUGUCAACAAACUACAGGGUCACAUCUUCCACAUGUGGCGGCACUACAACUUUGCACGCAUGAGAAAAGGUGCAGACCAUUAUCUGCUUCUCUCCAACUACAAUUAUGUGAACUGGUGGUCUGCUGCUCAGAGUGUGGUAAUCAUCACAGCUGGCUACCUACAGCUGUUCUUCCUCAAGAAGCUCUUCAACACACAGACCAACAAACCACGUUGUUAA